GAGGGAGAACGAUCGUCGACGGUACGAGACGAUAAGUCGUUGACGCGUCCUCGAGACAGGCAAAGGUGUCGGAGGAUCUCUGCAGUCUCGACGAGAGCGCCGAGAAGGAGGUCUUUGAGCGGACUAAAGAAACGACGUCUUGCACGCGCUUCGGAAACGUAAUUGCACUUUACGCUUUCUUCUUUCCCGUCGCCGUGGAAAUAUCAGGGAUCUUUCGACGAUCGCGGAACCGGUUUUUCGACGGAAACUCGCUCGUCGAUCUCCACGAAAACAUCGGGCGCGACUUGCUCGGCGGUGUGCCAACGUUUCCGCCGAGAGGGACGCCCGUAGAGGAGAGGAAGAGGAGAGAAGAGGAGAGAGAGAGAGUGAGAAGAGGAGCUGCAGAGGUGCGAGAAAAACUCGUCGGGCGGUCCAGCUGUCGGGGAAGGUGGUCGGUCGUUCCGGCGGCGGCGUGAAAAAGCGUUAAUUGUCAGCUCGUCGCCGCUCGGCCGGGACGAGAAUGGCGAUCCGCUGAAAGACGCGCCCUGGCCGAGGUCGCGUGGUUCGCUCGCGGACGAUCUGUUAUGACGCGGCGAUAGAAAAACCGUGCUUGCCGUUCGUUCCCGGAAGUCGCGAGUAUCCCGGAGUCAUCCGCAUCCACCAUGAGGCCGUCUGGAUUAGCUGCGCUGUUCGUCCUCUGUUGCGCCUUCGGAGAGGACGUCCGCGGCGCCGAGUGUCCAGAGGACAGCGUCAGAGGAGAGGACGGCGGUUGCAAAUGCGCCCAGAACUGUCCAACGCCGGCAUGUCCGCCGGGUGAACGUCCGGUCGAAGCGAAGGCUGCGGACCCUGAAACCCCCGGUAGCUGUUGCCCUCUCUACGACUGCAGACCCUCAGAGUCCGUCUCAUGGGUGAAGAUGUCGACGGAGAAUCCGAAGCCGCCGAGGUACUGCAUCUACGAGGACAAGCCGAGGAGGAUCGGCGAGCGGUGGCAGUCCGCCGAAUGCGUGAGCUGCGUGUGCGAGGAGGACGGGGAGCCCUCGUGCCAGGCGACAUUGUGUAAAUCCUGCGAGAACGCCAUUCCGCCGGCGCCGGGCGAGUGCUGUCCGCACUGUCCGCCGAGGAACGCGACCCGCGUGCAGCCGAAACCUUGCCAGGGAUCCUUGGACAACUGCGCGCUCACCUGCGAGCACGGAUUCCUCGUCGACGAGAACGACUGUCCCGUCUGCAGCUGCGUCCCGGACAAGGAGAACGAGGACCCUACGACCGAACGACCGGACGCGGAUCUCGACGCGUGUCUGCCCGUGUCGGACUGCGAGCCGAACUGCGAGCUCUCGAAGGACGAGGAUGGCUGUCCUAUUUGCCCCUGCCAGACUCCGCAGGUGUUCGACGAGCCUACGAACGACACUGUUCUGAUCGACGGGAACGGCAAGAAGAUUUGCCCCGAGCUGAAGUGCGACCUGCACUGCGAGAGGGGGCUGCUCAUGGACGAGAACGACUGCACUUUCUGCAAGUGCAGGGCUCCGGACACCGACUGCCCGCCUCUGAUCGGGUGCAGGAAACGAUGCACCUACGGUUACAAGACGAACAGACGCGGCUGCUCCAUAUGUCGGUGUCGAGCCUUCUGCACCGAUCACCUUAACGAAACGCACCCGGAAGGAUCAACUUGGCACCCGAACACGUGCAAGGAGUGCACCUGUCAGACCGGAGGUCGACUCAGCUGCAGGGAGACCAUAUGCUUCGUCGGCUGCAGCGACCCUCUGCCACCGAAGCCGGGAACCUGCUGUCCGACCUGUGUGAUCGAGACUCCGAAGGAGAACGAACCUGCCGGCCACCAGGGAUCAAGGGGUUGGGGCACCGUGCCGAUCACGCUGAUCGCCAUACUGAGCCUGCUGCUGCUGCUUCUGAUCGUGCACAUCGUCCGCAGCCGCUUCCGCGGCCGGCUGUCGCCCUCCGAGACGACCUCCUGCUCGUCGUAUCCCCCGCAGUACUACAAAUACGUCCCGGCGUACGACACCCCGAUGCAUCGAAACGAGAAGAUCGUGCCGUUGUAAAAGACUGGAAAAGUCGACGUUCGAAGAAAACCCACGAGGACGUUCUCGCCGGGACCGUUCGGCGGUGUUCACCGGAGAGGAGGCGGGGGCGGCGAACAAGAAAGGCGUGGAACGUGCCCGACAGACGCGGAUCGCGAUAGGUACAGUCGGCCCCGUCGCCGACGGAACCGCGUGUACCGUGCGUAGCUUCAGUAUUAUUCGUAAGGUGGCUGCGAUUCGAUGGGGGGAAAACGAUGGGGACGAAAGGAGAGGGCGCAGAUAUCACGCCGACGUUACCGUCUUCGCUCCCCCUGAACUUCGCGCGAAUCCUGUCGUAACCUUGUAAAUUGUAAUGUAAAAGCUAGCGUAAACCGUCGUGACGAGGUAAAACGAGUAAAUGUACUAACGAUAAGCAGCAGCUGCUAGGCCCCCCGACGUAACCGAGAAACCGUAGAAGAGAGACGGGAGCGCGUCUCGACCGUAGUAUUAGAUUCCUCGAUCUCUGGACCACCCGAUAUCGCGACGAACGAGCUCCCCGUGACCCGAGGGUCCGAGUGUUCGCCCGUGCCGGGGAUAUCUCGCUCGACGAUCGGAGCACCGUCGAUCGCGACCUUGCUCGCGGGUGCCCCAGUUACGGAGCGGACUGUGCGCCGUUCUUGCGUACUCCGCGGGACCGAUCGGAGCCGUUCAAUUCGAGACCUCGCGCCGCGAGAAGGCGAGAACAGGGACAAGAGGAACGGAAAGACGACCGGACAGAGAAGUCGCGGUGCCGCUCCGCGAGAAUAGCGCGAGAUGCUCGCUCCUAGUUUUAGCCCUUCGUUAACUGUGUUACUAAACUGUUCCUGAGUUCCGCUUGUUUUCGACGCGAACAGCGCGUCCUCGCGCCUAACCGGCGAGCACCGUUCCGCGAUAUUUAUGCCCGAACGGAAUUUCAUUUACGAUCGCGUGGAUCGCGACGAACGGGACGAUGCUACGUUUACGCGGCGCGCGAGCAAAAACGACACUCGAACCGACGUCGCGUUCUCGGAUCUCUCGUUACGCGGCUCUUUGAUUCCCCGCUUUUUCCCUCGUUUCUUUCCCCGGAACGAAGACGUCUGUCGGGAGCUCGGUAUAGAUUUUAAUGUGACUUUUAUACGACGCCGUCGCGAAAACAUCCGAUACUUUCCUACGGUCCGUCGAGCGUUGCAAUUUAUUUGUUACCGUAUCGCUUUCUGUUCCCGACGAUUUACGGAUUUCGGAUUCUUGGUUCUUCCGCGUGACUCGCGCUUGUACAUAUUCGCGUAACCGGCAUCGUUCGUUCGCGUCGCGCUCCUUUCCGCGUCCUCCACCGACAACGCCGACAUUCUCUAUUGUAAUAUAGCGCAUCGUUGUCGAACGAACCAGAGAACCGGCCGGAGAAAGAGCGAGCGUAUCGUGUACAUCUGCGCGUAGCUGAACGCGAGGAAGAAAUCGAGCGAGAGACUAAACCCGAAUGAUAUGAACGAUUCGUGAAAUCAGUGGACGAUGCGACCUGCGAAGCAGGAGACAGAAAGAGAAAGUAGAAGGGAAAAGAGAUACCAAGAAUGAAACGCGGAAGAUCAAAUUCUCGCGAGGCGUUUGAAUGUUAACGCAUUGCGUACCGACUAAUUUCCAGAGAGCCGAAUUGUGAUGGCAAUUCUCAAUGAGAUCAGCUUAAUGACUAUACAUACAAAAAUUCAGAUAUGUUAUUGUGUAAUAUAUUUCAACACGUUGACUGCCGUGCAUUAACCAAAUUAAAUUACCGUAGUUCAUUCAAUUAAACGAUGAUUAUUUGAAAACGUUUCUAUAUUAUAAAUAAUGCACGCAGUGACAUCCAACUAGAUUAACGUGUAAUAAUAUUAAUCUUAAUUCAAUCGAAUAAUUUAGUAAUACAUUUCUCCAUUUUGUAUUCCGCGAUAAUCCUGCAUUCAACGUGUUAAAUAGAUAAUCGAAUUUAAUAUUUCUUUGAAUCCUGUGGUAUAGCAAAGUUGCAUAGCUAAGUGUCUUUUUUUAGAAACGAGAUUUCUCGUUACCAGUACGCAAUGAGUUAAGUUUCGAUUGGAACCCAUUGGAUUGGAGUUAGUCGAUCCGCCGCGAACGUUGAUCACACACACACACACACAUAUCCACGUAGAAGAGACCCGUCUAAUCUUUCCCCCUCUUCUGAAUUAACGCGUACAUAUAUUUUUUCAAUGUGACACUCUCGUCUUACGGUGCGUCUUGUGUAACUUACCGUCUAUCGUCUAUCCUCUAGUAAUUAAUUACUGAAAUGUUACGCUCGAUUCGAGACGAGCGCAUACCCUUAUGCAGAUGAUGAUACACCCUCUUCCUCGGCGAAUCCUCGCCUGUAUUUCGGACGCGUACGCGUACCUUUGGAGACAAUAUGUAUCGACGACAGGCUCGUACGAUGUUCCCGUAUCUCGUAACGGCGCGACGAGAUCGUUUCUCGUUCGUUUCCCGAAUUUCCUUACCGAGACAGGAUCGGCAAGAUUAUACCGCACUUCCAGUUAGGAACUCCGUCUAAUGAAAUUUCGAAUGAAAUACUGAUGGACGGAGUCGAAACGCGUGACGCUGCUCUCGAGACGUUAACAGGAGGUCGACGAUCGAUCGGCAACCGUGAAGAAAUCGGGAGAGAAUUGGAAGAAGCUUGUUUCUUCUCGAUAGGUACAGAAGAAAAACAUUCUUGUUUCGUAGAGAUCGACGAGUAAAACCGCGUCGAAGAUCAAUCGGCAACAGAGAAAAAAUCGGGAGACAAUUGAAAGAAGC